GAGAGAAGGAGAGAGAUGCAGAGAGGAGAGAGGCAGCCAGUGAAUGUGAGAGUCAGAGCAUGAUGGGGAUCGCCAGCCUCACGCACAGCGAGCAGGAGAGCCCACAGACGCACUGAAUCCAGCGGCGGGCGAGGAAGCUACAGUGUGUCAACUCCUCAGCAACUCUUCUUCAUUCAUCCUCAGCAUCAUCAGGAGAAGAGAGAAGACACCUGCACCAAUGAUCUCUCGGCUGCUUCUCCUCUGCUGCUUUGCCGGCAUGGGGGGCGCUGCUGUGUUCACCCAACAGCCCACAGACCUGGUGGUGGUGGCGGGCCAGCCGGUCACUCUGCCCUGCUCCAUCCCCGGCUACCACGGCAUGGUGCUGUGGCUUCGCGAUGGCAUGGCCCUGGGUGUUAACAGGGAUAUGUCAGGCUACCCACGUUACGACAUUGUUGGUGACCACAGUAAAGGUGAAUACCACCUGCUGAUCCAGAGAACAGACAUUCAAGAUGAUGCUUUCUUCGAGUGUCAGGCCAUCCAGGCAGCUAUCAGAUCGAGACCCGCCCGCCUUACUGUUCUUGUUCCCCCUGAUGACCCUGUGAUCCUGGGAGCCCCAGUGGCGAGCUUACGCGCUGGUGACCACCUCAACCUCACAUGCCACGCUGACAACGCCAAACCAGCUGCGUCCAUCAUCUGGAUCCGUAACGGGAUGGUCCUGAGUGGCGCCAUGUACUCUAAGACACUGCUGCGGGACGGUAAGAGAGAGAGCACGGUCAGCACGCUCUACCUGUCGCCCUCCAACAUCGAGUCUGGCCAGCAGAUCACCUGCCGGGCUUCAAACAAAGCGGCCCCCAAUGGAAAAGAUGCAACUGUUACCAUUGACAUACAACAUCUGCCCAUCGUCAACCUCAGCGUGGAGCCACAACCGGUUCUGGAGGGAAACCUGGUCAAGUUCCACUGUGCUGCAAAAGCAAACCCGCCUGUCAUCUACUACAGGUGGGCCAAAGGGGGCAGUGUGAUCCCGGAUAUAACAGGCGACACCUACGAGGUGCUUGUGGAUCACUCGUUCUUCACCGAACCUGUUUCCUGUGAGGUCACCAACGCGCUGGGUCACACAAACAUCAGCAGGAACGUGGACGUGUACUUUGGGCCGCGGAUGGCAGCAGAGCCACAGUCUCUGCAGGUGGAUCUGGGAUCCGAUGCUGUUUUUAACUGUGCGUGGACCGGAAACCCAUCUCUGACCAUCGUGUGGAUGAAACGCGGCUCGGGAGUGGUGCUCAGCAACAAGAACACUCUAACACUGAAGGCAGUAAAGCAGGAGGAUGCUGGGAAAUAUGUGUGCCGGGCCGUAGUCCCCAGAGUGGGCGCCGGGGAGAAGGAGGUGUCGCUCACUGUGAAUGGUCCUCCUACUAUCUCCAGCACCCAGACCCAGCAGGCGCUGUACGGCGAGAAGGGUCAGAUCAAGUGUUUCAUCCGCAGCACCCCUCCUCCGGACCGCAUCGCUUGGUCCUGGAAGGAGACUGUGUUGGAAUCGGGAACGUCUGGGCGCUACACCGUGGAGACGGUCAGCACAGAUGAAGGUGUGAUCUCUACGCUGACCAUGAGUAACAUCAUCCCUGCUGAUUUCCAGACCAUCUACAACUGCACGGCGUGGAACAGCUUCGGCUCCGACACCGAGAUCAUUCGCCUCAAAGAACAAGAGACUCUACGACUGGCCGUCAUCAUCGGCGUGGCCGUGGGCGCCUUCCUCGCCCUUUCCAUCCUCUUAGCAACAUUGGGAGCUUUCUGCUGCACCCGAUUUCAGCAAAAAGAUGUCCAUCUGGUUAUGUCGUCUCUCCCUGUGACACUUUCACGCCAACGAGAUGUCAAAACAGAGAAUCUCAAAGGAGUGGUUUCAGCUAAAAAUGACAUCCGGGUGGAGAUUGUUCACAAGGAUCACAAUGCAGCACGCGAGGGUGAGGAGCACGCAAGCAUCAAACAGAUGAUGAUUGACCGCGGUGAGUUCCAGCAGGAACCUGUGCUGAAGCAGCUGGAGGUGCUCCAGGAGGAGGAGAAGGAGUUCCAGCACAUCAAGGACCCGACUAAUGGCUACUACAGUGUGAACACAUUUAAUGAACACCAUGCCACACCCACCAUGUCCCUGGCCACCAAUCAGGUGGCUCCUCCAGACGUUGUCCGAAGCCCGCCCAGUGGAACUAUGACUAUCGGCAAGCAGCGAGUGCCCACCGGCAUGUCUUUCACCAAUAUCUACAACACUCUGGGCGCUGGCCCCAACCGCCUGUACGACUACAGCCAGCGCUUCGUCCUGGGUAUGGGCAGCAGCUCCAUCGAACUAUGUGAACGAGAGUUUCAGCGGAGCUCGCUGAGCGACUCCAGCUCCUUCAUCGACACGCAGUGCGACAGCAGCGUCAGCAGUUACAGCAAGCAGGACGGCUAUGUGCAGUUUGACAAAGACAGCAAGACCUCCGCUUCAUCCUCCUCCCACUACUCGCAGUCGUCUUCCCAGAACUCGGACCUGACCAGGCCUCUGCAGAAACGCAUGCAGACCCACGUCUAACAGUUGGUGAGUGCCGGACUGGGAAGCAAAGGAUGAAGCCAGAUCCCAAGGAGCCAUUUUUCCCGACGUGCUGACAUGUUCUGAUUGGUGUUCAAAGAGGUUUGCAGAUGCCGAUUUUUGACAAAAAAAAAAAAAAAUCCUCAAGAAACAGCUGGAAUCAAAGUUUGACAUCUCAAAAAA